GGCCGGCCAGCGCUGGCCUGCCGGCGGCGGCGCUGGCCCGGUGGGCCGCGGGCGCCAGGUGCCAGCCGCCGCUGAUGCGGCCCGCGGCGCCGCUGGCGCGGCGCGCGUCGGGCCCCCGGGGGGCCUCGGCCGCUGCGGCUGCUGCGAUCGCGCCGCAGGGCGCCGCCCCCUCGCGUUGGCGGGCGCCGCCGCAGCGCGCCCGGCGGCCGAGCGCCUUCCCGGCUGGCCUCGAGGGCCUGCUGCGGAGCGAGUUCGGGGACCGCUGGUGCGGCCUCCUGAGCGCCCUGCAGCAGCCCAAGAGCUACGCCGCCUGGGCGAACCCCUUCGCGGGCGGCGGCGAGGGCGAAGCGUCGCCGCUGCUCGAGAGCCACGGCAUGGCGAGGCUGGCCGGCGCCGCCGGCAGCGCGGCGGGGCUGUGGGCGCCAGAGGGGCGCGCCGACGAACGGCUUUGGCUACCCAAGCCGCCGAACUGCUCGGCCACGGGCCUGAAGCUGUACUACCCGCUGGAUCUGGCGUCCGCCCUGCCAGCCCUGACGGUGCUGCUGGGCCCAGGGGCAGACGCCGCGGCCGACCGCCCCGGCACCUGGCCGGCGCUGCCCGCGGCGGGCGCGCGCGUGCUCGACGCGUGCGCGGCGCCGGGCGGCAAGCUGCUGCUGCUGGCGGGCGCGCUGCUGGCGCCAGGGGCCUCGGGCGCGGCGCUGUCGGCUGUGGAGUGGGACAAGUUCCGCUUCAACCGGCUGCUGCAGAACCUGCGGCUCUACCUGCCGGGCUGGGCCCGCGAGGCCCUGACCGCGGUCCACGGGGACGCGUCGGCGCCCGAGUCCACGCUCGCCCGCCGCGGCCAGGGGCGGUUCGACGCCGUCCUCGUGGACGCCCCCUGCUCCUCGGAGCGCGAGCGCAUCCUGAAGGCGCUCCACCGGGAGGCGCGCGCGGCCGGCCUCGGCGCGGCGGGCGUGCCGCCGCCCGGCCCGGGGGCGGUGCCGGACCUCGGCGCCUGGGAGGCGAGGGCGGCGAGCGCCGUGGCCGCCAUCCCGUGGACCGUCGAGCGGUCGCGGGCCAACGCUCGCCGUCAGGUCGCCCUCGUGAACGCUGCGAUGAGGGCAGCGCCGAGGGGGCACGUGGUCUACUCCACGUGCGCGCUGUCUCGGAUAGAGAACGACGACGUGAUCGCGGAGGUGAUGCGCGGGGCGCCGCCGUUCUGGCGCUGCUGCGGGGGCCGGCGCGCGAGCGCCGCGGACUCCGUCCGCUUCGGCGCGGUGCCGGGGGCGCUGGGCGCGCAGGCCCAGGUCGAGGAGACGGAGUACGGCUGGCGGCUGCUGCCAGACCGCGGCGGUUGGGGCCCCAUCUACUGGUCGCUGCUCCGCGGGCCAGGGCCGCCCUGAAAAACAAAAUUGUCUCCUUGUUAGCUUACAGCAGGUCUGUUUGAUUAUUCUCUUCAGGAGAGAAAGAAACACACAGACACAAUUCACCGUCGACUCCCAGG